GCUCGAUACCUACUAUCUACCUCGAGAACCCACACGAGCCUCCACAAGACAAUACCAAACCGGAAUCCCUCCCCAGAUCCCAAUAUCUCACCCAACAAAACCCAUCCACCCACAAUCCACAGACCAUCCCACCAAACCCACCACCAAAAUGAGCAGCUACUUCCGGAUCACCCUCAUGCGCUCAGCAAUCGGACUUCCGCGGCGCACGCACGACGUCCUCAAAGCCCUUGGCCUGAAGAAGCGCAUGGCAACCGUCUUCCACCCCGUGUCGCCGUCCGUCGCCGGUAACAUUAUGAAAGUCAAGGAGUUGGUGGAGGUGCAGGAGGUGGAUCGUCGGUUGACGAAGCAGGAGGUGCAUUUGGAGCGCAAGCCGGAUCCGGGAUAUUAUGUUGAGAAGAGGGCGGGGACUGAGUUGAGGGAGUGUAGACGGGCUUAAGCUGAGGUGAAUGCUUGUCGGAUUUCGUCUGGGGAUGAUGGGUGCUGGGAUGGCUGUGCUGUGCCUGGUUUUUGACCAUGCUUGGUUUAUUGCUUGCUGCUGGUUUUUGUUUCGAUUUAUUUGCGAUUGGAGUCGGGGUUUAUGUUGAUUUGGUCGAUUAUCGGGCACGGCUUGGCACGCAGGGAAUUGUUGAGUGGUGGUUGCAUAUACCGGUCGAUUUAUGCUGGUAUGGGCCUUCUUCAUAUGAAUAAGGGCAGGGUUGGAAGUGAUUCGAGCUUCUUUGCAUCCAGCGGUUUUUCGUUUGUCACUAACCAGCCCGACAUUGUGCGGCUUCGGGCUGGUUCGGCUUUGCAUUGUACUAUACUAUACAUACACUGUCAUAUUAUGAAUGGGAUCAAACCUGGAAUGUCUUGUCUUGUCUUGUCUUGUCUUGUUUUAUAAGAAUAUCUACUCCAUGAUGGAGUUGGAAUGCAACG